CCUGUUUCCCGGCAGCGGGGGUGGGCUGUAUAUAUAUGUGUAUAUAUUGACGAGAUGAUGUGAUGAAGAUAUUAGGCAGCGAAAUGUAAUAUGCCAAACGAUGGAAUAGCCAUUAUUCCGGCAUUAGUUGGUAUUGCGCGCGCUGGUAAAUGCCCGGUUGGCGUGUUGUUUAAUUAACGUCCCUGCGUGUCAGAGUGGCGCGUUAGGAUAAUUUGUUAGCCUGUGUGGAUGCGGGUUGUGCAGUAUAAUAUGAUAAAUACGCUCUUGGUUUAAAUGCAUAUCCAUCGAUUUUGAUUAUCGGUUAGCGUAGGCCAUUACUGGGGCUGAACAUGCCGGUUAAUUUGGGCGUUGUGGGGAAUACGGAGAACGCUGAACGCUGCCUGCUUUAGCUGACCCUUCGGAACAGAUGGCCGGGUUGAGAGUUUUAUGGGGGAAUUUUAUGCGUGUUUUAUCAGCGGCGCUCUCAGGGAAAUUACACGUCUGGAAUUUAUUAACGGAUAAGAUGUUGAUGAACGCAAUCAAGUGUCUCAAGUAUGGCGGAUGGCCUUGCCGCAUUAAAAGUGCCAUUCCUUAGCAAUUAAUUCCGCAGUCGACAACUCUGUCGGUUAAAGAGAGGAAAAAAAUGCCGAAAAAAUCCGAUUUAUACAGAAAAUAUUCCGAAAGUCCCGGGAUUUAUUUAAUAAUCCUGGGAUGUUUUCUCCACCCGGCGUGGGGGACCCUCCAACGCGUCCGGCUGGAGGGAUGCCGGGGUCAGAACGCCACGUCCCUCACCCUCUCCCAUCUCGUCCUGGACGCCGACGAAUCCACCGGAAACGUCGCCAAUAUCUACAUCGCCGGGACAAACUGUUUAUACAAAUUAAAUCCAAGUUUAUCCAUUAUACAAUCAGUCGUUACGGGUCCGCAGGAUGACAGUCUCUUGUGUUCCGCCCGAGGAUCGUGCCAGCACGGCGCCCUGAAGACCCCGACGGAUAAUGUCAAUAAAAUUCUCCUCGUGGAAGGCGCCGGGAGCGAGCGGACGGUGUUGGCCUGUGGGAAUCUGUUUCAAGGGAUUUGUGAGCGGUAUCCGGUGGAGGAUAUCGGGAGGAAGUUGGAACGGUUGCCGGUGCCGGUGGUGGAUAAUGAGGGAGUGGCGGGCGGCGGCAGUGUGGCGUUUGUGGGGCCGGGGCUGCCGGAUGCCCGCAGUCACCGGGUGUUGUAUGUCGCGGCGCCGCAUACGCAGCGGGGACCGUAUCGCAGCCAGGAAGAGAUACCGGUUCUUAGCAGCCGAAAUUUAAAAACCUUCGAAAUUAUCCGCGCUCGCCGGUUUGUGCAAGCCCGCCUGAAAAUCGCCAGCCAGUUUCUGGAGACCUUCCAAGUCAAAUACAUUUCCGGUUUUUACGACGAGGGUUACGCCUACUUCGCCAUGAUCCAGCCGGCCUCGGCCGGCAACCCCGACGAGGGCUACGUCAGCAAGAUCGGGCGGGUGUGCGCCUCCGACCCGUCCUUCGAGUCGUACAUGGAGAUCACGCUGAGCUGCCAGGCCAAGGGCAACAAGUACAACCUUCUGCAGAGCGUUCAUCUCUUACAACCGCCCACCGGCUCCUUAGUCGGCAAGGUCCUUGUGGCCGCCUUUUCCGCCGCUGAAUGGCGCUCAUCGGCAUCCAAGCCGGCCUCGUCCGCCGUGUGUCUCUUUCCCAUCGACGAUCUCCACGAAAUGUUCGAGCGCAACGCGCGACAGUGUUUCAGCGGCAGUCGGCACAGUCGCGGAUUGGGAUUCAUUGCCGGUGCCAGUUUGCCCUGCCCCAAAGAUCCGCGUGUUGUGACGGAUUUCUGCAACGAGCACCUGAUGAUCGAAGGCAACAUCCCAGCCAACGCGGAGGCGCUGGUGACCUUUGCCGAUGACUCCAUCAGCGCCGUCAGUGCCACGGUGGCGCCGGCCAAUGACGACGUCGCUGUGCGCGAACACGUGGUGAUUGUCGUCGGGACACGCAAGGGAAUAGUGCGGAAGAUCCUCCUGAAAAGCGCCCACGUCGGAUUGGAGUACGGGCAUGUCGAUCUCAAUCAGCCGCACUCCAGUGUCGGCCAGGUCAAAGAGCUGCACAUCGAUAAUAAACAACGGAAAAUCUACGUCCUCACUGAAUCUGAGGUAGUGCUGAUGGAGAUGGACUCGUGUUCGGUGCACUCGGACUGCCGGCAGUGCCUGCAAUCACGCGAUCCAUUCUGCGGUUGGUGUUCGUUGGAGAAGCGUUGUACAACGCGCCAGGCAUGUUCGCAAUCCUCUCGCUCCAGCAAACACGGCGCGGCCAAAUGGCUGCCCUUCAACUCACAGCAGUGCAUUGAUUUUACCUCCGUCAUCCCGGAUCGGAUUUCCGUUCAAAGGUCACAGACCAAGAUUGAACUGCACAUCAAAGAACUGCCAGUGGCUGCCACGGAUAAAGGUCACUCUCCCUACAGCUGCGUCUUCGGCAUCCAGUCGGACGCGGCGGCCCCCACGGUGGCGGUGGUCCCGGCCAAUGUGACGCGCAACGGUCUAGCGUGCAUGUUGGAUCCGCGGACGUUAGCGGAGGGAUGGAAAGAGCCGGAAGCAGAUCACGUGGCGGUGUCGGUGAAUGUGCGCUCGCAGGAGACCAAUAAGGAUUUCAUCCAGCGCUCGCUGACCGUCUACAACUGCGCUUUCCAUCAACGAUGCCAUUCCUGCGUCUCAAGCCAGUGGAACUGUACAUGGUGCAGUCAUAGUCAUACCUGCGUCGACAAUAAUCCCGAAUCACAACAAACCUGUCGUCAGUCUUCGAAUGGUGAAUCGGCGUUGCUCGCGGUGGCGGACCAGUGUCCGCACUUAUCCACCACCGACGUAAAGGAAUUCAGUGCCCCACAGUUGGGUCGCUCAUCGCUGCUCCUGCCGAAUAUGGCCGCUAAAGCCAUCGUACUAACCGUCAGUCAACUGUCCCCGCAAAAGGACGCCGUGUUUGAGUGUCUGAUGGAGACGGAGAACCGCGUGACCCGGGUACCGGCCACGCUCCAGGAACCCAGCUCCCUGCUCUGCCAGGAGACGGCCUAUUUCUAUCAAUCAGAAACCGAGGAGAAGCCCGGCGCGUUAUCGGUGGUGUGGAACUGGAACCAUUACGUCGACACCAUCAACGUCACGCUGUACAAGUGCCGGUUGAAGGGACCGGACUGCAGCACGUGUCGCAGUCUGCCGGCGGAGUUCCAGUGUGUCUGGCUGAACGAUGAAUGCCAAUUCGUCCAAGACGAGCAGAAACUGAAGGGGGCUAAUAACUGCCCAGCACCCACUAUUGAUUCGAUUUCGCCGGUCAGUGGUCUGGUCGAUGGAGGCACACUCCUGACGAUCAUGGGCCGUGAACUCGGUCUGAAAAUGGACGACCUGACCGAUGCCAUCAGCGUCGCCGGCGUCCCAUGUUAUCCGGUGGAAUACCAAGUCUCCCGGAAGGUUGUCUGCCGGCUGGACCCCUUCACCACCCAACCCUACCGCGCUGGCCCGGUAACCAUCACCCUGGGGGGCCGCGCCCCGCAGUCCUCCUUCCAGCGCUUCUACUUCCUCAACACCACCCUCUCCCGCAUCCAUCCCCGGCAGGGCAUCCGGGCGGGAGGGACCCGGGUGACGCUCUUCGGGAACCAUCUGGAUAUCGGGAGUAACGUCUCCGUCGUGAUCCUGGGACGGGAAUGCCGCGUCAUCCCGGAUUCCAUCACCGCGCACCAGUUAUCCUGUUUCACGACCGCGUCCGCCACCGGAAGUGGGAAACCGGGAGUAGUCUUGUCCAUCGACGGCGGAAACAGGAUGCUUAACACGGAAUUUAUGUUUACGGAGGAUCCGGUGGUUACAAAAUUCAUCCCGGCCACGACGUUCGCCUCGGGUGGGAAUAUCAUCGACGUGAUGGGAGAGAAUCUCCAGGCGGUGCAGACCGCCCGGAUGACUGUCUUGAGUGCGGACGGGAAGACGGUGAUGAAUUCCUCGCAGUGCCGGGUCAUCGACGCUUCUGUAUCUUGUCGCGCCCCGUUUGUUAACGACCAGAAUAUCAAUAACAGCGCGGAAUUCGCGGUGAGGAUGGAGAUGGAUGGCUGGACGGAUCCGCAAUUGCGCCGUAUCGUUUACCUCCAGGACCCAGUGGUGUAUUCCUUCGAGGAAGUCGACCACAUCCGGCCCUUCCACGGCGAGGUCCUAGUGAUCGAGGGCGAACGCUUAGACAGCGGAUUAACAUUGACGGAAGUGUACGUCACCGUGGGCGAUGACCUUUGCAACAUCACCAGCAUCACGCCCAACCGCAUCGUCUGCCAACCGCCACCGGCAGUCGCGCGCGGGCACUAUCCCGUGGAGCUACACAUGGGCGAGCUGGAGUUCCCGGCGGGGUACUUGGAGUAUCCCGGGGUGGGUGUCGGCGGCAGUGGCGGUGGAGAGGGACCGCGGGCGGAGAUUGUCGUGGGGACGGAUGUGGUGACCGGCGUGUCGGUGGGCCUGGUCGGGUGCCUGCUGAUUACCGCCGCAGUGUUGUGGUUUAUGUGCCGGAAGAGUAGCCGGGCGGAGCGGGAGUAUAAAAGAAUCCAGCUGCAUCUGGAUACCCUCGAGAGCAACGUCCGACUCGAGUGCAAACAAGCUUUUGCGGAGCUGCAAACCGACAUCUCGGAUCUGGCGAGCGAAGUGCACAUGGCCGGCAUCCCGUACGUGGACCACGGGACGUACUUGAUGCGCAUCUUCUUCCCGCUGUGCCUCAACCCGGACCGCUCGCACCCGGUCCUGCAAGACAUCCGUCCCUGCCGCAACAACCGCUGCACCGGAUUCGAGACGGCCAUGCAGCAGUUCGAGCAACUGCUCUGCAAAGACGUCUUUCUCGUCUCCUUCAUCGGGGCACUGGAAUCACAGAGGACGUUCGGCAUCCGCGAUCGCGCCAAUGUCGCGUCGCUCUUGACGCUGGUCUUCAUGGACAAACUCGACUACUUCACACAGGUUUUUCAACGCUUGAUGAUCGAUCUAAUGCACCGCUCGGCCCUCGCCAAGCACCCCCAGCUGAUGCUGCGCCGCUCCGAAUCCGUGGUAGAAAAAAUGCUGUCCAACUGGAUCGGCAUCAGCAUGCUGGAGACCCUCCAGGACCACAUCGGCCCGACCUUCUUCCUCCUCAUCCAAGCCGUCAAAACCCAGGUCGAAAAAGGCCCGGUGGACUGCCUGACCCACCAAGCCCGCUACUCUCUGUCGGAAGACCACCUCCUGCGCGACAAAGUCGACUUCCACUCGGUCCUCAUCGACCUCCACCAGGACGAAUUAGACGAAAAAGUGCAAUGUCGGGUGCUGGACUGCGACAGCAUCUCCCAAGUCAAAGCGAAACUACUAGACGCACUGUACAAAAGCACAACGCCCAGUUCGACACGGCCGUCGUUAUACGAAAUCGAUCUAGAGUGGCACAACAGUACCCGGGGGCGGCUGAUCCUCCAGGACGAAGACGCCACGUCCACCGUCGCCGCGGGCGGUUGGCGACGGAUCAAUACCCUCGCGCACUACGGAAUUGUGGAGUCGGCGGUGAUGACCUUAGUGCUGCGCGCCCAGGACGCCGGGUACCGGCAGAAUGCGGAUCACUGCGAGAUCAGUCCGUACAGUGUGUCGUCGGCGGUGCGGGAAUAUCAUUCGGGGAAGGUGUGGCAUUUGGGACGCGGGGGGACGUUGCGGGGUGGGGGGAAGGAGAUUCGGGAGAUUUAUCUGACGCGGUUGAUUUCCACGAAGGGCACGCUGGGGAAGUAUGUGGAUGAUCUGAUGGAGGGACUGUUUCGGGGGGAUGACGGGCGGGUGCCGGUGGCGGUCAAGUGGUUGUUUGAUUUGUUCGAUCGGUUCCAGCAGCAGACCGGGUUGGUGGAUGCGCAGACGGUGCAUGCCUGGAAGAGCAACAGUUUGCCGUUGCGCUUCUGGUCCAACUUGAUCAAGACUCCUGAAAUGCUGUUGGACAUGCAGAAGAGUCCGAGUGUGGAGAGCAGUCUGGCGGUGAUUGCGCAGUGUCUGAUGGAGAGCUGCAACUGGAAUGAGAACGGCCGGCUCGAUAAGGAUUCGCCCUGCAGUAAACUGCUCUUUGCCAAGGACAUGCCGAUUUACCGGCAGAUGAUCCGUGGUUAUUACGAACAGAUCCAGGGAUUGCCGGCAGUCGCCGAACCGGAACUGAUGGAAUAUAUGCGAUCACUCUCAAAGAAAUACGCUUUCCAUAUGAAUGUGACAAACGCCCUGAAGGAGCUGUUUUCCUACGCCGUCAAAUACCAAAUUGAGAUUUGCGAGAAGUUAGAGGAGAAUCUGAGCGGUCACUUGCUGGACUGCAAUAACCUAGAGUUGGCGCGCAUCUUGGAAUCCCUGUGCAGUGCGGCGUCCAACAACUACUUCUCCGUGCCCAUGCCGCCCGGCAGCAGUGGCCUGGAGACCCUGUCCAAGCCCGUGUACGCCACGUGUGCGUCGUCCACGCUGUACCCGGGAUACGCGGCGUCGCAGUGGCGCUGACCGGAAUUAUCAGUGUACAGUUUUGUUGUCCUUUUGUAUCCGCUGUUUUUUUAUUGUAAUGAUUUAAUUCUUUGAUUAUUGGCUGGCAAGGGAAUUGAUAAUAUG